UGUAUUGACUUUCUAAAAACGAGUCAAUUAUGACAGCUAUGAACCUUUCCCUGAGUUUCCGAUCACCAGAGGCGUCUCUGUUUCACCGGAGAUAUAGCUCUCCGAUCAAACACCUGCAAAAACAGCAAGUACCCAAUUUACUCUCGUUCCCCAAACUACAAUUUCCAGUGCCCAAAACUCAGUUCAGGGUCACGGCUCGGAAAGGGUCAGCUAUAGAAGGCUUAAGCCAAGAGAUGAACACCAUCGCCUCGCAGAACCUGGAUCACGCGCCUGCUCGGAGACGAGUUCGCUCGGCAUUCAUCGACUUGCAUAAACAACUUGACCAUUGCUUGUUCAAGAUGGAUCAUGCUGGCAUCAGAACAGAGGAGUGGUAUGGAAGGAAUUCAAGGGGUAUGGAAAUUUUCUGCAAAAGCUGGUUGCCGAAACCGGGUGAUCAAAUCAAAGCUGGCUUAUGUUUUUGCCAUGGGUACGGUAGUACUUGCACAUUCUUCUUUGAAGGUAUUGCUAGGAGAAUUGCUCAGUCUGGGUACGCUGUAUAUGCAGUAGACUAUCCAGGUUUUGGUCUUUCUGAAGGGUUGCAUGGUUUCAUCCCAGACUUUGAUGAGUUGGUCGAUGAUGUUAUUGAACAAUUUACUAGUAUCAAAGGAAGAUCUGAAGUGAAAGGUUUGCCCUUUUUUAUAAUGGGGGAGUCGAUGGGUGGAGCUGUCACUCUAAAGAUUCAUCUAAAGGAACCGCAUGAAUGGGAUGGAGUGAUCCUUGUAUCUCCAAUGUGUAAAAUUGCAGAUGAUGUGAUGCCUCCAGCAAUAGUGCUGAAGCUAUUAGCCUUCAUGUCUGAAGUUUUGCCCGAGGCAAAACUCUUCCCACAGAAAGAGAUAGCUCAUCUAAGCUACAGAGAGCUCGGAAAGAGAAAAACGGCUGGUUACAAUGUGAUUUCUUAUAAGGACCAAAUGCGAUCAAGAACAGCUGUAGAACUUCUGAAGGCCACUAGCGAUAUUGAAAUGCAGUUGGAUAAGGUUUCAUCCCCAUUGCUAAUUCUUCAUGGAGAAGCAGAUAAGGUGACAGACCCUUUGGUGAGCCAGUUGCUGUAUGAAAAGUCCUCUAGCAAGGAUAAGACUUUGAAGCUCUAUCAAGAUGGUUAUCACUGCAUCCUUCAAGGGGAGCCUGAUGACACAAUUUUCACCGUCCUUGAUGACAUUGUUACUUGGCUUGAUUCCCGGUGCUUCCGAAACUAAAAUAUAUUGUCAUUUCUAGCCUCCUUGUAUUUUGCAGCUAAUUCCUUUCUGUAUAUCCCUUGAACAUUAUGAUACACUGCUUGAACAGAACCUGGUGGAAGAUGAUAAUA